AUGGAACCACGGCCAAUGAUUAGUUUUAUGAAGUAGAAAUACCUCAUAAACGAAAGGGAUAUACCACAAGAUUCCUUUGCAACAAGUAUUGACUAGUAUUUCAAGCGAACUAAAAAACGAAUUUAUGGCUUCACCUUGACGAGUCUCUUUUUUUUGAUUUUACUCAUUCCAUCCAUAGUCUUGCAGCAGGAGUCUUAAGAAGUAGUCGUUUUUCCUGAGAAGGGGGGAUCAUUCACUGUGAAAGAUUAACUUAAUCCUCCAAUAAGUUUGGAGAUUAUUUCGAGUGAAUCCUAUUUAUUGUUGGAUGUCCAACUUUUUAUAGAUGGCCAUGAAAUAGAAUAAUUUACAAUCGAUAAGAAAAUGAACACUAAUUCAACACACAAAAUUGCUAGCAAUAAAUCCUUUAAAAUUAGUAAAAAUUUAAUGAUGGUAGCAGUUAGAUUAAUUUCAUAGUUUAGCUAUGUGCCCAGAUCGUAUUUAAUUAUUUAAACAAUAAUGGUCGUUCUCUCCUUAUUGUAUCUAAUUUAAGAAAUUUUGAGAAAACCAAAAAUUUGA